CGCCCACUUUGUCACUUUUUAAAAAUCCAUAAACCAGCGAUAUUCAAAUGAACUGUGCUUAAAAGCCUUGGGAGCACUUUCACAAUUAAUAAUUUCACCCAAAGACUGGAUGUUUGGUUUUAUUAUAAAUAUGCAAAUGUAUGCAUAGAUCCAAGCCUUCAUUUGCCUAGAUAAAUGUAAUUUAAAAAAAAAAUGUUCCAAUGCGAAGAAUACUUUUAAGAAUAUCAGCAAUCAGCGGGUUGCAGAAACCAGAUUCACCCGGCACCUUUUUUUCUUUCUUUAACUGUAUCAGUGUCAUGAUUUAGUUGCCAUGUGAUAAUGCCAUUAUUAGAACCAACUGGGAGAAAUACGGAAAUUCGGCCAGUGAUGUAUUUAGCAUGCCCCAGUUGUCAAAAACCUCCAAACCGACAUAAUUUUACUAUUGAUCGUACGUCGUAAAGACGCGCGUGCUGUUAUGGUUCCUAUGGUAACCUGAUGACGUACUCGUUUAAGUACUAGUUAGCAAGGUAGUAGCAUAUGUAGUUUGGCUUUUUGCUCGAAGUAGAGGAAUCUUUGGCGUGAGGAGUCCCGCGCUGUAUGACGCACGCGCGAAAGAGCGGGAACUGUCACAGCAGCGCGAGGACACUCCACAUUCUCCUGCACAGAUGCGCGCGGACUGCGCUGCUUUUCUUGAACAGCCCACUUCGCUGUUCCUUUAGGUUGCAAUAAAUAAAAGCGCGUUGUUUUCUGUGAGUUAAUAUACUGAAGCAUCAGUGAGAAAGUUGGAAAAUUGUCGCGCGGGUGGGUGAGUGAGUGAGUGAGAGAGAGAGAGAGAGAGAGAGAGAGCCAUGGGCACUUUGAGGGACCUGCAGUACGCGUUACAGGAGAAGAUCGAAGAGCUGAGGCAGAGAGAUGCGCUCAUUGAUGAACUUGAGCUUGAACUGGACCAGAAGGACGAGCUCAUUCAGAAACUACAGAACGAGCUGGAUAAAUAUCGCUCCGUGAUCCGGCCAGCCACUCAGCGCGUGCACAAAGACAACGAGCAGGAGCAGCAGCGCACCAAGAGGCAGGCGAUCUCCGCCGAGCCCACCGCCUUCAACAUCCAGGACCUGAACCAUGUAACUCUACCCUUCUACUCCAAGAGUUCAAAGUCCAAGGACUUGAUCAAAGAAGCCAUCUUAGACAAUGACUUCAUGAAGAAUCUGGAGCUGUCCCAGAUCCAGGAGAUAGUGGACUGCAUGUAUCCAGUAGAGUAUGGCAAGGACAGCUGCAUCAUUAAAGAGGGUGACGUAGGGUCGCUCGUCUAUGUAAUGGAAGAUGGUAAAGUGGAGGUAACAAAAGAAGGCUUGAAGCUAUGCACUAUGGGGCCUGGGAAAGUGUUUGGAGAGCUUGCCAUCCUUUAUAAUUGCACACGAACGGCCACAGUGAAGACUCUAACCAACGUGAAGUUAUGGGCCAUUGACAGGCAGUGCUUUCAGACCAUCAUGAUGAGGACCGGACUGAUAAAGCAUGCAGAGUACAUGGAGUUUCUCAAAAGCGUUCCAACAUUCCAUAGUCAUCCAGAAGAAAUACUAAGCAAGUUGGCCGAUGUCCUUGAGGAGACGCAUUAUGAGGAUGGAGAUUAUAUAAUCAGGCAGGGAGCCAGGGGAGACACCUUUUUCAUCAUUAGUAAAGGAAAGGUAACCGUGACCCGAGAGGACUCUGCCAGUCAGGAUACAAUGUACCUGCGCUCUCUGGGGAAGGGUGAUUGGUUCGGAGAAAAAGCCUUGCAAGGAGAGGACAUCAGGACAGCCAGUGUCAUUGCUGCAGAGACUGUUACCUGCCUUGUUAUUGACCGAGAAUCUUAUAAGCACCUUAUUGGAGGUUUGGAGGAUGUGUCCAGCAAAGGAUCAGAAGAUGCAGAGGCCAAAGCAAAGUACGAGGCAGAGAAUGCAUUCUUCUUCAACCUGCACCUGUCAGACUUCAACAUCAUAGACACCCUUGGAGUUGGAGGAUUUGGACGUGUUGAGCUGGUACAGCUGAAGAGUGAUGAGUAUAAGACAUUUGCUAUGAAGAUCCUGAAAAAGCGCCACAUUGUAGACACCAGACAACAGGAGCACAUCCGCUCAGAGAAACUCAUAAUGCAGGAAGCUCACUCGGACUUCAUCGUCAGGCUAUACAGGACUUUUAAGGACAGUAAAUACCUGUAUAUGCUGAUGGAGGCGUGUCUGGGAGGAGAAUUAUGGACUAUCCUCAGAGACAGGGGUUCGUUUGAGGAUUCUACUACACGAUUUUACACUGCAUGUGUAGUGGAGGCUUUCGCCUAUCUGCAUUCCAAAGGCAUUAUUUACAGAGACCUCAAACCAGAGAACCUUAUACUGGACCACCGGGGCUACGCCAAACUGGUGGACUUUGGCUUUGCUAAGAAGAUUGGAUUUGGGAAGAAGACAUGGACAUUCUGUGGUACACCAGAGUACGUAGCCCCUGAGAUCAUUCUUAACAAAGGUCAUGAUAUCUCAGCAGACUACUGGUCCUUGGGCAUCCUCAUGUAUGAACUACUAACAGGCAGCCCUCCUUUUUCAGGCCCUGACCCCAUGAAGACAUACAACAUUAUUCUAAGAGGCAUUGACAUGAUUGAAUUUCCAAAGAAGAUUACAAAAAAUGCUGCCAAUCUCAUUAAAAAGUUAUGCAGAGACACUCCUUCUGAAAGAUUAGGAAAUUUGAAGAAUGGCGUCAAGGAUAUUCAAAAGCACAAGUGGUUUGAAGGCUUUAACUGGGACGGCUUACGGAAGGGAACGCUGACGCCUCCCAUCAUCCCUAGUGUCACAUCAGCAACAGACACAAGCAACUUUGACAGCUUUCCUGAGGAUAAUGAGGACCCUCCUCCUGACGAUAACUCUGGCUGGGAUAUAGAUUUCUAAAUCUGUACAAUAAAAGCGUAUACACACCAAACUAAAGACCUGUUCCACUGUUGCCUGGAACAGAGCUGCUUCUUUUGGAACAGGCUGCAUUUAAAACUGCUUGAGGAGAGAGAGAGAGAGAGAGAGCGCAGACCGGUCGAAGGAGAGAAAAACAAAACACUUCUUUUUGGUUUAGUGUCGACUGUUGCAAGAGAGGAAUUAAAAUCCUUGUGGACUUACAAUACUCGGGACUUCUUAUACACCACUCCUAAUAACAAGGGGGGAAUAAUAUAUUCAUAUUGUGUGUGUGUGUAUGUACGUAUGUGUAUGCAUGUAUGCGUGUGUGUGUGUGUGUGUGUGUGUGUGUGUGUGUGUGUGUGUGUGUGUGUGUGUGUGUGUAUGCGUGUAUAUGCAUACCUGCCACAAGCCCUUCAUAACACAGGAUAUUGUGGAUAUGUUGUAGCAGGUUGUGACCUCACUUGAUUACCUUUUGUCCAUGAUUGGCUGCAAAGUCUUUUCUAACUCUUGUGCAGACUACUCAGUAAAGUGUGCUACACAAAAUUGGACUCAAACACUACACAUCAAAGCCAGGAUUCUGGGUGUCCAGGCUACUAAUGUCCUAAUGUUACUAUUAUAGCUAAUUAGGUUAUUACAGAACAUGUACAUAGUAAUAUAUUACCCAAAAAAAUGUUAUGCUUUAGCUGACGAUUAUUAAAAAGCACAAUUUGGUGUUGGAUUUCUAAUAAUGCCUGUUAAUACGUCUCAGAAGUGCCCGAUGCAGAUAUUUGUAUAAUAAUUUAAUAAUUACAUUAUUGUUGGGUGUAACUGAAUUUGGCUGAUAUGGCUUGGGAUGUGACCAGCCCAGAGUUUGUUUGGUUUCUCACAGCUCCGGGUGUGCCUCAGAUUCAUAACGUUAUUAAUAUUAUAUGCCCAAUGAGCACAUUGAAUUUAGAAUAGUCAGCUUUUUAUAUAGUAAGAUACAGCCUAUUAGGCUACGUUCACAUUACAAGGUUGAAGCUGGACCUUUUUUUAUUAUUUAUUUAAAUGUGGCACAGACCUUAUUCUUAUUCUUUGUGAACACUGAAAUCUUCACACAGAUCACUUUCAUAUGUGACCCUAAAUCAACCAUUUCGAAAACUGUCAGUUAUUUUUUUCUUUGUUCAUAUUCAUGCACAUAUCACUGCUGGCUCUGCUCCCACACCCACACACCUCUCCACAUAGACGUUUCAGUAAUAACCAGAAAAAGAGCAAAGGCUAUGCAGCAGGACUUGUUUCACCUCACACUUAUCAUGAACAGCCCACAAGCUGCCUGCUGACCUCUAGAGCAAAUAACCUUUGUGCUGAUUUUAUUGCCUGAGCAAUGAUGGAUUGUCAAAAAUAUAUGGUGAAUUUGUUUAUGUUUAGGGCACAUGCGAAUCAUUAUCAGUUUACAAUAUGGUAUGCAUGUGGAUUGCUCAUGUGGAAGGCACAAGUUUAUUCACAUUAAUAGCAGAUAUGGGUCACUAACUUAUGAAUGUGAGCUAUCAAAGCAGAUCAGACCUGAGCUAAGGAAAAUAAUGGAAUUGAUGGAAUUGAGUAAUAAGGCUUGUAAUGUGAACAUAGCUGUACAGCAAGGCUGGAAUGAGAAAUAAUUGUUUGUAACCAGUAACCACUGUGAUCAGUCAGGUUUCUAACAGGCCUAUGAAGUGAGUCUUGAGGAACUGAGGUUGUAACAGCCUCAUAAGAUAUGAUCAAAUAGCUAUAGAUGAAUUCAGGUGUUUCACAGAUACAACAUUUCACAGAUUACAUUAAAAAUUAGCUGAUCGUGAAAAGACACAGUGCCUUAAGUUAAUGGCAUCCUAAUCCUCUCUAUUGAUCAUCUCUGUGCUGCACCAAAGCCUAAAUGCUCACCAUCACAACACAUCCAUUUCCUCUAGUAUUGCAAACAUGGUCAAAUCUGUUUUAGACAAUCUACAGUGAAAAGUCACUUUCCUUUUUUUUCUAAAUCUGCACACAGCUAGACACUGUGAAAUUUGACAGAGACACGGAACUAUGUGUCCUUAAGGCAUUAUGUUGCCUCUGUAUUUUUAUGUGGCUUGACUUGCAGCAUAGAUGAAAACAAAUAGCACUGCAUUAUCUGACUGUUUCAUUUGUGAAUUUGUACUGUGCUACAGUACCCAAUGCUGAAUAUUAUAACAUAUAGCAUAUGUCUUACUAAACUGCAUUGAGGUGCCCUCCUCAGCUGAGUCCUCCCUUAACUACUUAUUGAUCUGACAUAGUCACUGCAACUAAACAAAGAGGAGAAGGCAACCAUGAUUUGCAGUAACUUGCAUCUAAUGCUUACUAUAUAGCCCACAAUGGACACAAUAUAAAUCUGGGGCAUUAUUUAUAAAUAACCACUCUUUUUUCGUGUUUUUUUUUUUCUUUUCUUUUUUUCUUUUUCUUUUCUUUUUUUUUUUUUUACAUUUGGUUGCUUUAACUGCCAGUGUUUGGCAAGGACAUGUUUCAUCUGUUGUCCAACAGUAUGAUUUCUACCUACUUGAAAAUGAUCUAACCCUGUAUGAGGAUAAUGAACAGUUCUUGAAUUGCCUACACAGAUUUGUUGUAAUACUGUACAUGUUUAUCACGUAAAUUGUAUAAGGCUGUUCAGCCCUAGCAGGCAUUAACAAUUUUACUGAAAACCAUUAAUAUAUAAUGCCUUAGAUAAUUAAAUGUCAUUUCUUCAUGUACAGUAGUAUAAGACCUCGUCUUAACUGUCUUAACUCUGCCUUUACUCGCCAAGUCUGCGUUGCAUUUAUUUUAUUUUAUUUUAUUUUUGUCCUGAGUGGCAUGAUUUUUGCCAAGAUAUUUAUUUUAUAUGACUGUAUUCUGAGGUCCUUGUUGUGCAAUGUCACCUGCAGAGUGCCUGUUAUUAACUUUAUAAAGCUGAAAUAAAGAUCAAUUACUUUUAA